UCACACAGAGCGUUUGGUCACCCUGUCAAAUUAAGUCAAGCGUCACCAGGUGUCCCAAAUCUUCAGUCUUUACUUACCCAGUACCAGUAACGCCUCAAACACAUUCACUGGUGAACUUUGGACUGUACCACGAUCGCUAAGCGAGGAGGAGAACUGUUGCAGGUUUGCUGUGUGAGCUGCUACCUGUCCUGCCGUGGAGGAGGAGUCAUUUGAAGUGCCAGUUACCAGUGAGGCUCACUAGAGGGACCAUGCUUUAGAGACUCACCUCUCUCUCCGCUAGCACCUGGAGGUCUGACUUUGACUCUGUACAAUGAACAACGAUGACGAGUUCUACGAUGCAGUCACAGGCCUGGACUCUGAUGAGUCGUAUGAAGGCACAUCGGAGGCCAGUUUUAAAGAUGCCUUGGUGUAUGAUGGCACCCAGAGGAACAAUGGUUCCUUGCCACAGGAGAACGGAAUCAGGAAACACCGGACAACACUACCCGCCCCAAUGUUUUCCAGAAACAACUUCAGUGUGUGGGGCAUUCUAAAGAAAUGCAUUGGACUGGAGCUGUCCAAGAUCACCAUGCCCAUUGUGUUCAACGAGCCCCUGAGCUUCCUCCAGCGGAUCACUGAGUACAUGGAGCACACAUACCUCAUCAACAAAGCCUGCUCGCUGUCUGACUCCAUAGAGCGCAUGCAGGUGAGAGCAUACACACACCGUAACAACAAAGCCUGCUCGCUGUCUGACUCCAUAGAGCGCAUGCAGGCGGUAGCUGCUUUUGCCGUGUCGGCCGUAGCGUCACAGUGGGACAGAACUGGAAAGCCCUUCAACCCUCUGCUAGGAGAGACCUAUGAGCUGACACGAGAGGACCAUGGCUACAGGCUGAUCUCGGAGCAGGUCAGCCACCACCCCCCCAUCAGUGCCUUCCAUGCUGAAAGCCUAGUCGGGGACUUCGUCUUCCACGGCUCCAUCUACCCCAAACUAAAGUUUUGGGGCAAGAGUGUGGAGGCCGAGCCAAAGGGAACCAUCACACUAGAACUCCUCAAGCACGGUGAGGUCUAUACAUGGACCAACCCUUUCUGCUGUGUACACAAUGUCAUCCUGGGUAAACUGUGGAUCGAGCAGUAUGGCACUGUGGAGAUCCUCAACCACAGUACUGGUGAUAAGUGUGUGCUGAACUUCAAGCCAUGUGGCAUGUUUGGGAAGGAGCUCCACAGAGUAGAGGGCUACAUUCAGGAUAAGAGUAAAAAGAAGCAUUGUGUGAUCUAUGGGAAGUGGACUGAGUGCAUGUGGAGCGUGGACCCCCAGACAUACGAGGCCAACAAGAAGGCUGAGAAGAAAGGAGACUCCAAGAAACCGAAGAGUCAGGUGGAGCCUGAGGGGGCAGACAACGAUGAUGCAGAUGACAUGCCUGAGGUCCAGGAGACCGUAGCUAUGAUCCCUGGCAGCACCCUGCUCUGGAGGAUAUCAUCACGACCCCAACACUCUGCUAAGAUGUAUAACUUCACUAACUUUGCCAUGUCGCUGAAUGAGCUGGAGCCUGGCAUGCAGGACCGCCUGGCCCCCACAGACUGCCGCCUGCGGCCCGACAUCAGAGCCAUGGAGAACGGAGACAUGGAUGAAGCCAGUCGAGAGAAGGCGAGGCUGGAGGAGAAACAGAGAUCGGCUCGGAAAGACCGUUCCAAGGAUGAGGAGGAAUGGUCCACUAGAUGGUUCCAGUCAGGCACAAACCCCUACACAUCAUCCCAGGACUGGCUCUACACGGGGGGCUACUUCGAUAGAAAUUACUCUGAGCUCCCUGUUAUCUACUGAUCCAGGUGGUCUCCGUGGGAACACCCACCAACAUCCCCUCAGCCUCCCUAUCACUGCUGCCAGUCCCCUGACACUCUCCUGUUCUAAGCACCACACAGUCUCCCAUUGGAACUCUGAACUGGCGAUAGACAAGUGUUAUACAAGGAGAGGCUAUGUGUUGUUAACACAACCCUCCCCCGUCUUCUAAUAGUUAUGGAACAAACAGUCAACGGUGAAAUCAGGAAUGUGAAUGUGCCUUUGAUCAUUGGAGGCAUCAAAGGUGAAAGCAGAAAGGAACUGAGACUGUGUUUUGUUCCUGAACAGGAGUGCUUUGUGGGUACCCCUCCCCUUCCUCCCGAUCUGACCUGGGUCGAAUACCUAUUUAAAAUAUUGGAAAUAUUUUAGUUUGAUUUAACUUGCUUUGCAUGGCGAGUUUGCACAUUUGGGACUAUUCCUUUGGUCCCAUUGCGCCUGACAAAAUAAACCAAGUACACCUGGACUAUUCCAACCAGGUUUGCCUCCCCUUAUACAGUGUUGGAAAAAGUACCCAAUUGUCAUACUUGAGUAAAAGUUAAGAUACCUUAAUGGAAAAGGACUCAAGUUGAAGUGAAAGUCACCCAGUAAAAUACUACUUGAGUAAAAGUCAAAGUAAUUGUUUUAAAUAUACUGAACUAUCAAAGGUAAUUGUAAUUGCUAAAAUAUACUUAAGUAUCAAAAGUUAAGGAAUUUGAAAUUAUUUAUACUUUUAUGUUAAGCAAAUCAGAUGACACCAUAUAAUUUUUUUAAUAUGGGUAGCCAGGGGCACACUCCAACACUCACACAUCAUUUACAAACACUGUGUUUGUGUUUAGUGAGUCCUCCAGAUCAGAGGCAGUAGGGAUGACCAGGGAUGUUCUCUUGAUAAAUGUGUGAAUUGGACCAUUUUCCUGUCAUUCACAAUGUAGUACUUUCAGGUGUCAGGGAAAAUGUAUGGAGUAAAAAGUACAUUAUUUUCUUUAGGAAUGUAGUGAAGUAGAAGUUGUAAAAAAAUAUAAAUAGUAAAGUACAGAUACCCCAGAAAAAGACUUAAGGGGUACUUUAAAGUAUUUUUACUUAAGUACUUUAUACCACUGCCCCUAUAUACGUCCAGAGGUUGAGCUUCUCAUCACUACCUGUCACGUAAUGUAAGUUAUAUGUAUAGAUAAGAGUAAUGACCAUUUGCUGUAUAGUCCUAUCACACGCUUAUCUAUCCACAUUGGCCAGUGCUCAGUCUGUGAAUACAGAGCGUCAGUUACAUUCCCCCAGCACAAAAUAUUCCUCUCUUACGCUUCUGCAUGGCUAUUGUCUCGCUAGCUAACAGCGUUAGUGACCCCUUGCUUUGUGGCAGUAGCCUACAGUACAUUCAGCUCCCACUGUUUACCUAGUUAGUCAACUUAGUGUUAAAGUAAUCAUGAGUCAUGAAAAUAAUUGCGGUUAGUAUGAUUAUGCGAAGAGUAAUUUGUCUGUUUUCGAGUAUGUAUACAUUUCUAGUGGUUUGUACAGAAUCUGAAGCCAUAUGGUUCCUUUUAACUACAGGUAUGACUGGCGCGGGGUAGUUUGCUCUUCAGUCAUUGGCUAUGAUUAAGUGAAUUGACUAUUGUAACAUGAUAAAGCAUGUAAAAUAUACAUGUAUGUAAAUACCUACUUUAUCAAAUAUAGCUAGCUAAUCACCAUAAAACUGUCCUACCAGCUCAAAGUGAAUCUGGAAUUGAUGGGAUUAUAACUGAUAUACGGGAGAAGUCAUUGUAUAAUAUUAUCAGCUUCCCUUCCUUGUGUUAGGAACUCUGUAGCUUUCUAACCACACUCCUACAUCACCAAUCUCUUUUAUAAUGGUCAGCCAUUAUGUGUAGGUUCUUAUUUAUAAAAGACUGGCAUCAAAUCAUUUUUUAACAAAUCUAAUAUAUUUUGGGGGAUUAAUGUGCAGUUAAUUGUACUGUGGUAAACAUUACAUUGAAGCCUUGUAGAUUAAGCCUAGAUGCAUGAAUCAAAGUGUAAACCAAUGUGCUUCUGCUCUGGAGGUCUUAAAAGCAGCAAACAACUUUAGUGUCUGUUUAGUAAAACAUGCCAUGUUGACCAUUGGGAAUGCUGUUCACUCUUCAUGGGAAUCCAAACGGAAUCUCUUGAAGUGAAACGUAUGGGGAUUCAGUUUGGUUUCCCAGGAUCCACUUCAUUCCCUGCACUACAAACUGGCCUAUUCUCCUGAACCACACUGUGCAUUUGAAAUGACCGCCAAAAUCUAUGCAUCCAACCAAUAGCUUGAGUGUCUCGGCUUACCUUUACGUGAUAUAGUAAUACACAUACUUUAGUUUUGUCACCGGCAGCCAAACCCACAUAUAGAUGACAGUGUUGUCAGCUUGUUUGACUGUAGCUGAACCAAAAGUGAUUGUGUGAAUUUGGUCUGUGGAUCACCAUGGUAGUCUGUAAGUAUUAUAAAAAGGAAUCCCCAGCUUAGAUCAAUUUGAUCUUGACUGAAUAUUGCUUUCACAAAUGUCUUAGUUUUUGUGGUAUUGCUGGUGGUUGGAGAAAUGGGCAACACAAUGUGGCAAAAAGACGUGACAAACCAAGAAGCCUUUGAUCAUGUCUUAUCUUGAUAGUUUUUUCCCCAAUGGUUAUACUUAGUGCCUGAAUUUUUAAGGCCUAGAUUCAGUCAGACCAAGCGUUAACUGGCGAUGGCCGACACCCAUAUAGCUGAUGUUUUGGUGGUGUCUGAGGUGUAACUGCGUUGGCGCUGUCAAAUCGUUCAGCAGCUGCUCUUGUGAUCAUUGUCACGAAGCCACACCCAUCCCCCUCAUGUUAGAAAUUCAGAAUGAGAACGUGUAGGCGAUUAUAGAAAUAAUGACACUCAAAUUGAAAUUUAUUUAACAAAAAGUACCAUUUUGAUUUAUAUAAGCCUAAUUUGAGGUGUAGGCUAUAUCUCACAUUCCAGUGUUUUAAACUUGUAAACAAGGCUGCAUGGGAUUUCUCUUAAUGUGACUCCAUGCAGCCAAUGGCAAUGUCCGCUUUAGGUAUAAAGCCAGGAGCCGCUUGGGGAUUUGACAGUUCUCACGCAGUUCCACCUCCAACACCGCCAAAACAACCGCGAUACAGAUGUUGGGUAAAGCGGAUCUAAUUGAAUAGAGCUCUAAGUAAACAGAUUUUCCUGUAUUUCAUUUAAUAUUUAAGAUGUUGAUGUUUAGUUUUAUCAGUCAUGUUUUUAACAUAUGCUUUUCAAACCCAUCUCUAUGCUUUGUCAGUAACACUUUGAAAUGUUUAGGUCUCAGCAGACGUGUAUGUACAGGAAAUGUAUGUAAAACAGAUCACACUGCUUCUGGUUGUAUCUACACACUUCACUGUUUCAUUAAAUGCUAAUUUAACUAGCAUCUGAAGAUUAAUGUACCAACAUUAAACAAGUAGAUUUUUA